AAUAAAAGAAAAAAAAAGAAAAAAAGAAAAAAAGAAAGGGAGUAGACUUGGUAGGAGAGAGAUGCUGGCGGGGGAAUCGGGUGGUUCCACCUUCGAUCUUCCCGAGGAGGUCUUGCAAGUUUUGCCGUCUGAUCCUUUCGACCAACUCGAUGUUGCCCGCAAAAUCACCUCCAUUGCUCUCUCUACACGUGUCUCCUCGGUUGAAUCAGAGUCCUCCGCUCUCCGUGCUCAACUCGCCCAGAAGGAUGAACUCAUCGCCCAGCUCCAAGCGCAGAUUGAGUCCCUCGACGCCUCCCUCUCAGACACCGCCGACAAGCUUGCCCGGGCCGACCUUGAAAAGGUGAGCUUGUUGAAGGAUAAUGCUUCACUUUCCAAUACCGUGAGGAAGCUUCACAGAGAUGUCUCGAAGGCCAGCCAAAGUGGUAAAGUUUUGAUUUUUUUGUGCCAAGUGAACAAAUCCCAUUACACAUAUCUUAUCAAUGUGCUGCUCAUGGAUGCUGGAACUCUAGCGCUGUUGGAGGUCUUCAGAAGGACACUUAUGCAGUCGCUUCAAGAGGAUGAUGAAAGUUCGAGUGGAGGUACCCAGAUCAUUGCAAAGCCAACACCAACAGAAGAUGAUGCCAGCUGGCUAUCAAGAACUUCUUCAAUGCGCAGCCACUUUGAAAUAGGGAAUUCAUUUGCAGAGGAUCGUGAGACGGAUGCCUCAAAACCAGGCAUACCUGGCAUAUCACAUGGCCUGCUGUUAGUGUCACAAACAAACACACCUCGAGUAACUCCUCCAGGUUCUCCCCCAAGCCUGUCAGCUUCUGUGUCUCCCACAAGAACAUCGAAGCCAGGAUCUCCAAGGCGACAUUCAAUGUCAUUCUCUACCUCAAGAGGCAUGUUUGAUGAUAGAUCUUCUAUAUUUUCUUCUGUGCCCUCAAGCCAUCACAGUUCAAUAUCAACCUCUGACACAGGAUCCCACUCUGGUUAGCUCCAAACUACUCUUUUAGGAUGGAGACUAUCUGGAAUCUAAUUGCUUGAAAGGCUGGAUGCCGUUGCCCUUAAGUGCCAUGCCUAUUGGUCUACUAACUGAAGUUUUCUGAAUCCUUGCACCUUUUCUUUCAGAAUAUCUGUUUAAAAAGAUAAAUUUUUGGAAAGAAUAAGUAGCAACAUGAUUUACUAGAUCUCUUUGGUAGUUGCAAGUUAAUAGACGGCGAUGUUCUUGUCACAAUUAUUUGACAGUUUCAUGCCUCAUUCUGUCUAAAUAAUGGUUUUACUGAAAAUCAUUAGAUUUUUGCUCGUUUGUUGUAGUUGUAAGAGUUUCCCAUUUAUAUAGCAGUGGUAUUGACUCUAUAAACACUGGAAUGGUCAUGGAACUGAUCUUUUUGAUCCCAAGAAUACUUUUGCAUGAGUAAAUUAUUCUUGCAACUACUUAACUAAUAAUGAUCCCAAGUAUUUCAUAAGAAAAAAUGUUAAUAAUAAUGAUUUUUAGUAGCUUCAGUAUGUUAUUUACCUUCUCUUACGUUUUCCCUUUUUAUUCUUCAGGACGCACUCGUGUUGAUGGAAAAGAGUUCUUUCGUCAAGUCAGGAGCCGGUUGUCAUAUGAGCAGUUUGGUGCAUUUCUGGCAAAUGUCAAGGAGUUCAAUUCUCACAAGCAAACAAAAGAAGAAACAUUACACAAGGCUGAGGAGAUUUUUGGUGAAGAAAACAAGGACCUCUAUGUAACCUUUGAGAGCUUGAUUGCUCGUAAGUUGUAAUGGACUAAUAUCCAUCAGAACAAGCAGGUGAAACAAUCCCUAGGGUUUGAAACAUUGGUUCUACCACGUUGCAAUUUAGUUGAGAUUUUUCUGCUGUAGAGUACACAAUAAUGCCCGUAUCUAAACUUGUAUUAGCAACUCUUCUCUUGGAUAUUCUCCUCUACUGUAAAUUUGUGCAAGAUUCAAAAUUUCCAAAUGUAUGUCAAAUGAACACAACUCAGAUGACAAUUAAUAAACUUCUUAGAUUCAU